CGGAGAUAACAAGAAUUGUCAAACGAGAAAUCUACCUCCACUGACCUGUAUUUUUCCCUCCAUUAAUCGCCUCCACAUCAAGCUUAAUCUUCACUCUUCUCAGUCUAUCAAUUUUGUUAAAAGUCAUUACUCAAUACACACGCAUAUAUAUAUAUAUAUAGACAUACAUAUAAUGGUUUAUUAUUACGGCGCGGUGGCAAUGGCAAAACCCUCGUUUUUCAGAGCGAAACAACCCCCGGCUCCGGAUCUCUCCGCCGACCGUACAAAUUUCCGAGGCGGAGCUUCCACUCCCCGACGCGACCUUGUCUUCGUCGUCAAUCCCCGAGGUGCUAAUGGUCGGACGGGUAAAGAAUGGAAGAAAUUACUGCCCUAUCUCAGGUCUCGCCUAAGUACAGAUUGUAAUAUAUGCGAAUCUUUGACUUCAGGUCCUUCUCAUGCCAUUGACAUUACAAGGGAGGCAAUACGUGAGGGUGCUGAUGCCGUGAUUGCUGUUGGGGGUGAUGGAACUCUUCAUGAGGUUGUUAAUGGCUUCUUCUGGGGUGGAAAACCUGUUUCCAGUCAUGAUCGAAAAGCUACCCACACAACUGCACUCGGUCUUAUACCUUUGGGUACUGGAUCUGAUUUUGCCAGAACAUUUGGCUGGAAAAACGAUCCCCAUGAAGCCAUUGAACGCAUAGCUACUGGUGUAAGAUCUCCGAUUGAUGUUGGUGUUAUUAGUGGAGAAACUGGAGAGUCUCAUUAUUUUAUAAAUGUCGCUGAUAUUCAUUUGAGUGCAAAAGCUGGUUACCAUGCAUCUAGGUACAAGAGAUUUGGAAAUUUGUGUUACGUCAUUGGGGCUUUGCAAGCGUUUCUUGGGCACCAUAACCAGGACCUUAAGAUCAAGGUCAAUGAGGGUGAGUGGGAAAUAUACUCUCAGGUCACAGCUCUUUGCAUUGGAAAUGCAAAAUUCUUUGGUGGUGGCAUGAAGAUUACUCCAAAUGCCAACCCUUCUAGUGGAAAUUUCGAGGUGGUAAUUCUACAGGACUUCAAAUGGUAUGACUUUAUUCUUAAACUACAUAAGCUGUACAACGGGACACAUUUGUCGGUGAGAAAUGUAUCUUCCAAGAGUGUACAUUCUCUUGAGGUAGAGGAGAUUGCUGGCGGGGGCGGCAUUUAUGUUCAGUCUGAUGGGGAAUAUCUGGGGUUUCUUCCAAGGAAGUUUUGUAUUUUACCUACUGCUAUUGAGAUGAUCCGCUAACAUGAGUAUCAAAGAACAUCUUCGUAUUACAUGCCAGAGUGCACAAUUUUGCUUGUAAGCAACGAAUCUAGAUCACAAGUUUCUGGGCAUUUUUCUUGAGUACUUGGUAUGCUGAUUGCUGUAGAUCCAUUACUAUCUGAGAUAGAGAGAGAUGGAAUCAUGAGAGAUCAAUUCUUUGUUUUUUUUUUAGAAAUUUGAAUUCAAAUGUUAUAGUGUUCUUCCUCCUUGGAAAUUGAAAGUGGGAUAGUUCGUCUUGUUUCAAAA